AUGGAUGAGGAGGAGAAGGGCAUCGAGGAGAAGGAAGGAGGUGAUCAGGUCAAAUACCGCGGCGUACGGAGGAGGCCGUGGGGGAAGUUUGCAGCCGAGAUUCGAGACUCGACUAGGCAUGGGGCACGUGUGUGGCUUGGGACUUUUAAUUCGGCGGAGGAGGCUGCUAGAGCAUAUGAUCGAGCCGCUUACGCCAUGAGGGGCUCUUUAGCCAUUCUCAACUUUCCACAUGAGUACCCUAUGGGGAGUGAUCGUCGUGGUGGUUCUUCCGCUCCUUCAUCAUCUUCUUCUUCUUCUUCUUCUUCUUCUUCCUCCUCAAGUCGUAGGAAUGUGGAGAGUGCUAGAAGAGAGCAUGGAAAACAAGUUUUCGAGUUUGAGUACUUUGAUGAUAAGUUGCUUGAGGAGCUUCUUGAAGACGAAGAGAAAAAGAACAAGAAAGGAUGAUGAUCAACGCUUGUUCUUGUUAUGAAUAGUAGUGGCAAACUUCUUCUUCUUUUCUUUUUCUCCCUCUCUUUUAUGCUUGAGUUUGGCCUCAAUGAAAGUGGAGAUUUAUCAGUCUCUAAAUGUUUGUGCUACAAAUUUCUUCGCUGUCCUUUCACUCC